AUAAACAUUCACUUUGAUGAAGAUCAGCUGAUAGCGGUUUUCGAAAUGUUAAGAACAAAAAGGCUCUAGGUUUUUUCUGUGUAGAAUGUUUUUGUGUUUUGUAUUAAUGUUUGUAUUAUUUGAUCGUAGCGAUGCGCAGCAAGUCGGUUCCUCAGAGAAACAUUACAUAUACUACAAAUUUACAGUCCUUUCCAAAGCAGACAUUUUCCCAGAGUUCAGUGCUGUAGCUGUUGCUGAUGACAUUCAGAUCAAACACUACAGUAAUGAAGACUGGAUAAGAUCGAUUCUGACUGAAGAUAACUGGAUCAAUGCUCCUGAAGCACCACCUGAUUCUAGAGACUGGUUCCUACAUCAGAUCAGGAUUCUGUCAAACUGCACAGACUCUCUGUGUUCUGAGCUCCAUGUUCUUCAGAGAGUAAUUGGUUGUGAACUGGAGAAACUUUCUGAUGGAUCAGUGAAUCUGAGAGCAUUUGAUGAUUAUGGAUUUGAUGGAGAGGAUUUUAUGGCCUUUAAUUCUGACACACUGCAGUGGAUUGAGAAAAACCCCAAAGCUAAAGAAACCAAAAUGAAAUGGGAUCAGCAAACAGUACACAAUGAACUCCUGAAGGAUUACCUCAAGACCUGCACUGACUGGAUCUCCACAUUUAACAACACAGAAAAUCGUAAACCAGACGUUCACACCACUUUGAGAAAAGAUCCUAAUGAUCAAAAUAAGCAGGUUUUGACCUGUCUGACCACUGGCUUUUACCCCAGAGAUAUUGAGAUGGACAUUAGGUUUAACAAAACUGCCCUUGAAGAUCAGAUCUCUUCUGGAAUCAGACCAAAUGAUGAUGGAUCCUUUCAGAUGAGAUCCAGUGUGGAGAUCGACAGAAAUCAUGAAGGGAUAUAUGACUGUUUUGUCAUUCACAGGAGCCUGACAGAACCAGUUUCAGCAGGAUGGAUGGAAAAAUGCACUGACUGUGAAGAAUCCAAAUGGCCUGAUAAAAAAGUAGCAGCAGCAGUAGUAGUAGUAGUAGUACUUCUAGCUGUACUUCUGAUUGUUUUGCAGCGCUACAAAAGGAGAAGGUCAGAUGGAAAUAACACUGUGACAACAGAAAUAUAUGAUCAUCUUCAGACGCAGGAGAAUGUACACAGGAAUGGCCAGUAGCGGUUUAGGCACGGGCGAACCGGGCAGCCGCCCGGGGCGUAAUUUUUCGUGACACAUUGGGGGCGGCAGCACGAGCAAAUAAAAAUAAGACAUAAAAAAAAAAAAAUCCUCUUCGUCGCGAUGUUGUGCCGAAUUCUUCACCCCUGCCAGAUUCUGCAUCCCCUCGUUGAAGUCGCUACCUGAUUGCCUAAUCCCAACCCCACCCUAAUCCUAACCCCUCCCCCACACCUACUCCUAAACCUACCAAUACCAGGGGGUGCAUAAUCUGGCAGGGUGCAAAUUUCGGCAGUACACCGGCGCCCCUGCUUGCUGAAAAUGUACCAUGCACAGAAGCUGUGUGUUGUGAGAGAAGUGUAAAAGGGGGUGGGGCGAGAG